AUGAGGUGCGUCACUGGAGAGUCAAGGUACAUUCCGGGAGUUGUUGGAGCGCUUGUGGCGAUGGGUGACACCCUUUCCGAUGUGGCUGGCCACCCGCCCGGUGUGAUGGAUGAGGAACUCCAGCAGGAACUGUUACAAAGAUGUUCGGGAAUGAAGAAGGAGAUACUGGCGAGAGUGAAGAAUGCGAAGUUGGAACCUGCGGAACUGGAGUUUAUGACGCUGGCAUGGCUGGCUACCCCGUGGGAAGAUUCCCGAUUUGACGAUUGGUUGAACGAAACGUUGGGGUUGACGCCGAUGGCGAAAUCCUCUAGCAAUUCUCCUGCCGCGACCGAGACAACGAACUAUUUGGUAGUGUGGGUGCCGCCGGUGAGGGAGAGCGCAGUGAACGUCGUGCAUAUGGUGGGAACAUUUUAUGUUGGACUACAAGAAGCCAGCGCGCAGGUUCAGUUGGCGGAUGGCACGAUCGUGACUGUCAGGCCCUAUAACUGGAUUAAGCACCGGAGGUGGAGAAAUGACAGGAAGUUGGCUUGGCGGGUGACCGCCCCCAACGGCACUCAGUACCAUUCGAGCGCCCGGUCGAAACCAACCAAGCCUUGGGAGCUGCCACCCUCGGUCGAAGACGGAUACUACACUCUACUAGGCAUAAAUGUCCACAGGCAUAAGCGGCUGUUGCGCAUUCUGGGCCCGUCCAGAUACAAGGAAUUUGUGGACCGCUUCCUGCGCCUGUGCGUCGACUACGGAAGAUGUUCAGGGGUCUUAGAUGACGGACGCCCCUUCCGCCUUGUCCAAAGCAGCGGAGACCGCUACCUCUGGCAAAUAGCCGGGUUAGUCAUAGAUCCGGCAGUGGGCGAGAAUUCCCUCGACCGCCUCUUCGGAGCAAUGCCAACCGAACAAGACAGACGCAGUAUUUGCAGAGUUCUCUCCUGCAGUUCUUGA